GUGGAGGUGGUGGGGGCGGCGCGGCGUACUACCAGCCACUAGCGGACCUGGCGUGCGGCCCGGCGGCAUGCAGGUCGCUGUGUUUCGCGCCCCGGCAGGCGGGUCUGGUGCUGGCAGCUCUGCUGGAGGACGGUCACGUGGUGGUGCAGCAGGCGGAGGACGUGGGGGCGCCCAGGAGCUGGAGCCUGCACAGCAAGAUGAGGGCUGGUCCGCGGGGGGUGUGCCGGGGCCUGUGCUGGCGCCCCUUCACGCCCGGGGUGCCGCCCAUGCUGUGUGUGGGCAGCGGGGCGCAGGCGCUGGUGUGGCAGUUCGUGCUGGCGCUCAACUCGUGGCAGAUGGUUGCUCGCGUGGAGGCGGGCGGCGGGGACGUGGCUGCAGUGCACUGGGCGCCGCCGCUGGGGCGACCCGCGGAGCUGCUGGCAGUGGGCGCAGGGCGGGAGCUGCUCAUCUACAGCCUGUCGGGCGACACCGCUGCGCUUGAAGUGGAGCAGCUCGCGGUGAUUGAUCAUGAUGAUGCGGUGUGGAAGGUCGAGUGGGACCUUUGGGGCAACCAAGUGGCUGCGGCGACUGAUGGCCAGCAGGUACAUAUUUACAAGCCCAACUUGGUGGGCGAGUGGAACAAGCUGGCCUGGAUACAGGGGCAGGAGACGGAAUGAGCGAUUGGUGUUGUGGCGCUUCGCCAUACCCUGCAAAUGUAAAUACUUAUUGCAAAUCCAUUUGGAUUGGAGCGA